ACUUCUGUAAUACUUUCGCUCCACAACACCUUGCACCUCACUAUGCUCACACACUCACAUCUUCAUGACUGAUGUUACUGACGUACACACAUCUCCGUAUUUGUUAUGACCUGUGAGCCGGACCAUGACAAAUUGGGGGCUCGUCCGUCCUUUUUCCUGUUUGUGCCGCAAGUUAGAUCAGAUUUGUUAAUGUGUGGUUUUAUACCUGUUGGUAUUUGGUACCUAAUCGUGCAAUUUGGUAUUUGUCUGGAGCAUUUGGGUCAUUUAUAAAUUAAAAAAGAAUAUUGAACGUGUCCUACAGUGGGGAGAUUUCGCUUAGGUUGUAGGUUUUUUCUUGUGCUUCAGACUGAAUCUGUUGCUUUGUUUACCUGUGCAGGUAAAUUGUUUGCUUGUGCGUAAGGGAGUGUUUGUCUGGAGAAAAGGACACAUUUGGGAAUGACUUUGUAGGUGUGAUUCAGCAGUAACAUGGAACAGAUCAGCGAUACCUUGUGCAGGUACAAAAACUACAACUUUUUCCAAGGCUUUUCAACUGCUGAGUACAUUGAUUCACUCCAGAGCUGUGAAAUCCGAGACAGUGACGUAUUCCUUGUCACUUAUCCAAAGUCUGGAACGAUAUGGACUCAGCAGAUCAUCACCUCCAUCUGUCAGUUAGACAGCGAUCUGCAUGAAUAUGCAAACACUUGUGGGAUGAUGCCAUGGCUGGAGUACAGGCGUGAUGGAGAAGACCACUGUCUGAGACCUUCUCCACGGUUCUUUACCUCUCACCUCACCCCAGUUCUUAUGCCUCACGGGCUUACAGACAAGAAAGCAAAGGUGAUCUACAUAAUGAGGAAUCCAAAGGACAACAUUGUCUCCUUUUAUCACUUUUUCAGCUCCCACAGUGAGGGAAGGACUCCUGAAAGCUUCACGGGCUUUCUUGAGGAGUUUUUGGCAGGCAAUGUUUUAGGAUCAUCCUGGUUUGACCACAUCAGGGAGUGGCAUUCAAACAGAGACCAGUACAACAUCCUCUUCCUGAACUAUGAGGACAUGGUUUUGGACCUAAAGGCAGCAGUAAAGAAGAUCGCCAGUUUUUUGGGGCACAACCUUAGUGAAGCAGCCAUCAAGCAAGUUGUAAAGAAAUCUACAUUUGAGACAAUGAAGAAUGACUCAAAAGCCAACUAUGAGUUUUUCCGAAGCGGCUUCAUGCGUAAAGGGCAGAUUGGUGACUGGAAGAACUUCUUCACUGUUGCUCAGAGUGACAGAAUUGAUCGACUGCUUCAGGAGAAACUGGGGGAUCUAUCUUUGAAGUUCAUCUGGGAAUAAGCAGAGGAGCCUGAGCCACUUCAAGAUGUUUAUGUUCUUACUCACAGAAAAGCUUAAAAAUAAUGAGUAAACUAAAUAAUGUUCCAGAAAGAUAUCCCACUUUCUGAGUCAGGGUCUGCAAAUAAACAAUAAAAAAUAAAAAAAAGCA